AUGGCUGCUAAGAACGAAUACUCAGAGCACACGGAAGAACCUGAUAAAAGGUCCAAUGCACCGUCGGGUCACGCAGAAGGGAAUGCACUUCUUGUUGAUGCUCAUGGCCAUAUCAGACGGCUUCCAGUUCCUUCAAACAACCCCAAUGACCCACUUAAUUGGAAACCCUGGCAGAAAUGGGCGGUGAUUGGGACCUGUUGCUGGUUCUCCGUUAUGGGCUUGGCAUUGGCUGGCGGCCUGGGAGCAAUUUUGUCGGUCUUCUUCCAGCUCUACGGACCACAAGGAUAUGGCCCUUCUGACGUCGCAUUUCUCCUGACUCUGCCAUCUCUUUGUAUUGGUCUAGUAGCACUGGCAUACGGCCGACGACCUGUCUUCCUGAUCUCGACUAUUAUCCUUCUCGCCGCAACAAUAGGCUCAGCGGCCCAGAACAGCUACAAUGGCCAUCUUGCAAGCCGUGUCAUGCAAGGCCUUGCCACCGGUGCUUCUGAGUCUCUGCUACCGCUGAUGCUCACAGAAGUCACUUUUCUUCAUGAGCGUGGGCGUGUUUUUGGCUUGUACUGGACUGUCCAGAAUGUCCUUAGCAGCUUGAUGAACCUAACCAGCAGUUAUGAAACUGCAGCUCUUGGCUGGCGAUGGUACUACUGGGUAUUCGCUAUACUUGUAGGCGCCGGCCUGGUCCUAGCCUGUCUUUUCGGGUUCGAAACUCGAUUCCAGAGACCAGUUGUCAGUCUCGAUGGAAGGGCUGUCAUGACAGAUGACUUUGGGGUCACUCAUGUUGUUCCGGACAGCGAGGCUCAGGAGUAUCUCGAGCGCCACGGCAUCGAAGACCGGCGAGGAGAAGACGCCGAAGUGCCUCUGAAGAGUUAUUCUCAGCUUCUGAAGCCAUGGGGUAGUUCUCAUAAAACACCCGGAAAGGUCAUGUUACUGUCAUUGCUGCGUAUGGCACAGAGCAUGACUUCUCCAGCCAUCCUCUUCACUGUUCUUGCCAGCUCUAUCACUCUCGCUUGCGUGGUAGAUGUUUCACUUACCUAUGAUGCCGUCCUUCAGCAAUAUGGAUGGGAUCCUAAAGAUAUUGGACUCAUCAAUCUUGGUGGUAUCAUCGGUGGCUUGCUAGGUGCUGCUUACUGUACCUUACUGGGUGAGCCUUUCAUUAUAUGGAUGGCCAAACGGAAUCACGGUAUCCACAAGCCUGAGCGCAGACUAAUCAUCUUGAUACCUGUGGCUAUACUCGGUUUCUCAAUGCUUAUUCUCUAUGGGUUCAUGGCAACAGCAGCAUUUGAAGGUGGCGGUUCGUAUUGGGGUAUUCUGGUUAGUUGGACGCUCUUCCAAGUGACAUUUACCAGCGUCCUCAUUGUCACAACCACAUUCGCUGCUGAAGCUAGUCCUAAGCACCCGGGACCCGCUCUUGUUAUGGUUAUUGGAACCAAGAACAUUGUGUCAUUUGGUGUUGCAUACGGACUAACAGACAUGGUGCAACACGGAGGUUACACAUGGACAUUUGGGGUGCUGGCUGGCAUCUUUGGGGCUAUUUUUAUCCUUGGAAUUCCUAUCUACAUGCUUAACCCGAAAUGGAGGAGAUAUGUUACAAGGGCUGAGGAGAAAAGGGGUAUCACUACUACAGACUAA